AUGAACGCUGCUAUUGCACUCAUCUUCUUCGCCUGUGUUGCUGGUUCCAUGGCUUCUGAUGCCCGUGUUGAUAUCAUGAACUUACUUGUUUCACAAGGACAAGGUAUUCUUCAAUCAACCAUGACUAUGCUUCAAACCCAACUCAUGAAUAUUGCUACACAAGCUCUUGGUCAACUCACAGGUCUUAUUGCUUCAAUCGGCGGUCGAUUAGACUUCAAUAUCAAUGCCAUCCUUGAUCAAUUCAAACCACUCCUUGCUCAAGCCGCCAGCGGUCUUCUUGGUCAACUUAUGGGUCAACUUACAGGACUCCUUGGUGGUCGUAUCUUCGGUGAUCUUCAAGCUAUGUUUACUGAUUUUCUUAGUCAAAUCUCAACACCACUCCUUGCCAUUGGUCAAAACCUCUUAAACCAAGGUUUAUCAGCUGUUGUUGGUUCAUUAGCUGGAUCACGUUUUCUUGGUGACUUCAUGAGCCAAAUUUCAAGUCAAAUGGCUGCUGCUGUCGCAACUGCUCAAGGUGUUAUCUCACAAACUGUUUCAAGUCUUAGUGGUGUUCUUUCAAACAUUGUUGAUGCUUCAAAACCACAUUUAGCUGAUCUUCAAAACCAAUUGAUGGGUCAUGGUCUUAAUGUUCUUGGUUCACUCUCUGAAACCGUCAACAACCUUCAUGGUUCACUCGUUGGUGGACAAUAA